AAGAAAAGCAAAAACCAUAGCAAGAAUGGAUACAUUCUCAAACCCUAGAAAAAGUCAAGCGAAAACCUUAGAAAGAAAGGAUUUCUGCACACAGUUGGCCUCUCAAUGGAUGCUCGAGGAGGUCAAAAAGUCCAGAAAAAAUAACUUGGUGGUGUCUCCGGUCUCUCUCAACGUCCUUCUAAACAUGGUGGCUGCCGGUUUAAAGGGCUCUACGUUAGAGUACACGUUGGGCUAUCUCGGGUCGGAAAACAUCGAUGCAAUCAACUCCAAGUCCCGGGAGAUGAUGGCGGUUGCGGCUGCUGUCGGAUCCACCAAGGAUGGCCGUGACGAUGGAGGGCCGAUGUUGGCCAUGGUCAACGGAGCUUGGGCCGAUCAACGUUUUCCUUUGAAACCGUUGUAUGAGGAGAAGAUUCUCAAGGGCAUCUUCAACUGUGAGUCCAAAACUGUUGAUUUUGCAACUCAGGCUGCGGAAGUGAGAGACGAAGUUAAUGCAUGGGCCGAAGUUGUAUCAAGGGGACUUAUCAAAAACUUUCUCGAUCCGGGCACUCCGAGUCCAGACACAGCACUCAUCCUUGCAAAUGGGCUCUACUUCAAAGGAACAUGGGAUCACAAUUAUCGAUUCGUCAAAGAACGUACUGAAAGAAGAGAUUUCUAUCUUCUUAACGGUGACACUAUUUCAGUACCCUUCAUGACCAGCAGCAAAAUGUAUCCCUGUGGAUCCUUCGACGGUUUCAAAGUUCUCAACAUCCCAUACGAGAACGGAAAGUGCGAACAGCACUUCUCCAUGUACUUUUUCCUUCCAGAUGAGCGAUACGGAUUGCAAAAUCUCUUAGAAAAGCUCAUCAAUUCCGAUCCGAAGACGUAUUUCCACUUGUCAAAAGUAGUGCUUGAUAAAUUUUGGAUACCAAAAUUUAAAUUCUCGUACAAGUUUGAAGUCUCGGAGGCCAUGAGGGAUACGGGAGCACCAUUUUCUUUUGCAGAAAAUCCGACAGACUUAUCAGAAAUGUUACAUAUUCCUGAUGGUGCUCGACUGCCACCCACGAGCAUAAUUCAAAAGGCAUGUAUUGAGAUCGACGAGAAAGGCACAGAGGCUGCAGCCAUUACUGCAUUACACCUGUUUGGAUGUUCGAACCCACUCCACAAGCCAAAAACUUUAAGUUUCGUAGCUGAUCAUCCUUUUGUAUUUAUGAUUAGGGAAGCUAAAUCGAGGCUGGUUUUUUUCACAGGAGUAGUGCUCAAUCCGAGCCAAAGUGAUUGAUUUGCUUAUGCCUUAGUUGCCCUAUGGCCUGUUUUUUUUUUUAAUCAUCUUUAUAUAAUUUAGGAAUAUGGAGUUUUAGAUGCUUAUGCUUUAUCUUUGUAAUCAUGAGUUUUAGAUGCUUAUUGUUAGUGAUAAUAAAUAUUUAUGUCGAUUUUGCCCUU